UUUUUAAUAAUACUUGAACAGUAUGGCAACGCUGCCAACGACUCACUGUAACAGCUGGCGAAACUUUUUUUUUUAAGAAGAAAACUUUAUUAAAAUCCGAAACGGAUUUGUUCAUUGCUUUCAGCGAUUCCAAACCAAUCGCAGCGAUGUUAUCCGCCGCCGAGUUGGCCCGGCUCUGCAGGAUCUGCCUGCGUCAGCUCAAGGACCCCCAAAAGCCCAACUCCCGACUGAUUUGUUUGCUAAAAAAGUUCCUGGACAUCGACAUCCUGCACCAGGACGCUGGCUUCCCCACCGACAUUUGUAACUUGUGCCACAAUGCCGUGGCCUAUUUCGAGGAGCUGCACCAGGUGGCCAGGGAGACGGGCGAAAAGCUAUGCGAGCAGCUAAAGGAUAGCCAGGAUUACCCCAGGGUGAAGGAGGAGCCGCUGGACACUGAGGCGGAUGAACAACUUGCGGCCUUGAAGGAGGAACACGACAAGCUGGCCGAUAAUGCUGUGGAAGAAAAUAUGGAGAGACCAGCGGAGCCGGAGCAGGAACAGCAUGAGAGACAGGACUUUCGGCAGGAGCAGCCCCUGCCGCAGCACAAGCAGAAGCGAGCCGGCCUGGCCUGCAACGAGUGCGGCAAGCAGGUCUACAAGCUGCCCUACCUGGAGGCUCACAUCCGCAGCGUCCAUCAGGGUCACUCCAAGCCGUUCCUGUGCCGCAACUGCGACAAGUCCUUCACCCGCUACGAGCAGUUGCGCUCCCAUCAGCGCAACGCCCAUCCCCAGCUCCAGCAGCAGCAUCUCCAGGAGCUCCGCGAACUGAUCUGCGAACUCUGCAACCGGCAGUACAGCACAAAGAAUGCUCUCGGGGAGCAUUUGAAGCGGCAUGCCCAGCACAAGGAGCACGUCUGCGAGCAGUGCGGCGUGGCGAAGGUGACACGCACCGAACUGCUCACCCAUAUGCGCACCCACAACCCCACCUGGGAGCGCUUCAAGUGCGAGCAGUGUCCGCAGUUGUUCCGUCACAAGAGCGCCAUAUCCCGGCAUGUUCGCGUCGUCCACGAGGGGCAGCGGCGUUUCCAGUGCGGUUACUGCGAGAAGCGGUUCGGCACUCAUGCCUCCCAGUUGCGCCACGAGCGGGUGCACAGCAAGUCGUCACGUGCCACACAGCAAGCAGGCCGGGGUGUCUCUGUCGAGGCCGAGAAGGCUGAAACGGUUGAGGAAUCCUGGCCAUUAGUUUGCAUCCACUGCCAGGAGCCAUGCGUGACGCGUCAGAAUCUGGAGUUGCAUUUGCGCCGGCACAGUGGCAGGAAGCGGCAGAGGCAGCACUACCAGGAGCAGGAUGAGGGCGAGGAGAUGCCGCAGAAGGAGACUGAAAAGAAGGAGCCGGAUGCUGGAGAAAAGAAGAAAAACGACGAAGAUCCUGACUGGCCAAGCUAUGAGGUGGAGCCCAAAAUGGAGGAGGAGGAAGAGGAAGAGGAUGAGGAGGAGGAGGAGGAGGAGGACGAGGAUGUCUUAUGAUUAUCACAUUCCAAAAUUAGCUUUAGCCUGUACCUGAAGUACACAAAAAAAAGGAGUUUUUCGGUUUUCAACUUCCACUAUUUGCCUUGAAUUUAUUUUCCAAAACAAGCAUAUAUUUUUGGAAAUAAUACACAGAAAAAAAAACAAAAACCUAAGAAAAACUUGCGACUUAAAGUUGUUACUUAUGCUGUAUUAAUUUUUUUUAUAUAUAUAUAUUUUAUAUUGAAUAUUUGUAUUGAAUAUUUUUUAACAAUGUUUGAUGUUUGAAAUAUAUUUUCAAAAGUAUUAAUUUU